GUAACUACUUGUACACUUGUUACACCUUGCAUGUUCAUUUUUUCAUCUGGUUUAACGUUUAUAUAUGUUUGACAUCCUUUUUGAUCACAGGACAAAGUGGAGCUGGAAACAACUGGGCAAAGGGCCAUUACACAGAAGGUGCAGAGUUGGUGGAUUCAGUCCUUGAUGUAGUAAGGAAGGAAUGUGAAAAUUGUGACUGUUUGCAAGGCUUUCAACUUACUCACUCACUGGGUGGAGGUACAGGGUCUGGCAUGGGAACCCUCCUUAUUAGCAAAGUUCGUGAGGAAUACCCUGACAGAAUUAUGAACACCUUCAGCGUUGUUCCUUCUCCAAAAGUUUCUGACACAGUGGUUGAACCAUACAAUGCUACCCUCUCCAUCCAUCAGCUUGUAGAAAACACAGAUGAAACCUACUGCAUAGAUAAUGAAGCUCUGUACGAUAUCUGCUUCAGGACCCUCAAACUUGCAACACCCACCUAUGGAGACCUUAACCACUUGGUAUCUGCUACCAUGAGCGGGGUCACCACUUCCCUGAGGUUUCCUGGACAGCUUAAUGCCGAUCUGAGGAAGCUUGCAGUGAAUAUGGUACCUUUCCCACGCCUACACUUCUUUAUGCCAGGAUUUGCUCCGCUCACAGCCCGAGGAAGCCAACAGUACAGGGCUUUGUCUGUCCCAGAACUCACCCAGCAGAUGUUUGAUGCCAAAAAUAUGAUGGCAGCUUGUGAUCCUCGUCAUGGUAGGUACCUGACAGUAGCCACUGUCUUCAGAGGCAAGAUGUCCAUGAAGGAAGUAGAUGAGCAAAUGUUGGCCAUCCAGAGCAAGAACAGCAGCUACUUUGUGGAAUGGAUCCCCAACAAUGUUAAGGUGGCUGUUUGUGAUAUCCCACCCCGUGGACUUAAGAUGUCCUCCACUUUCAUUGGAAACAGCACUGCUAUCCAGGAGCUUUUCAAGCGCAUCUCUGAGCAGUUCACAGCUAUGUUCCGUAGGAAGGCAUUCUUGCACUGGUACACGGGUGAGGGUAUGGAUGAGAUGGAGUUUACUGAAGCAGAGAGUAACAUGAAUGACCUUGUAUCUGAAUACCAACAGUACCAAGAUGCCACGGCAGAUGAAGAAGGAGAGAUGUAUGAGGAUGAUGAGGAAGAAUCUGAAGCACAAGGUCCAAAGUGAAACCUGAAUCAGUCAUUGUCUACUGAGACAAUUUGAAAACCUAGUUUACCUUGGAUCUUCUCUUAUUGUGCUUUUACUUGUCUUUACUACGAGUUAGCUCAGUCAUAGAUUACUUGCUUCUGGUAGCCUUGCCCUGUUUUCCUCUUUACACUCUGAAUUGGUCACCAAUCAAUUCUUUAAGUUCUGGAUAUUGAAAACUCCCUAUUUUAUUUUAAUAACACAAAUUCCUGAUUUUUUUUUUUUACUUUUUACUGUUUUGCCAAUUUUUUUUGGAUAUUUAAUAAAUUAUUGCUGUGAAACAUUUUCUGAUGUUGAGCAAUUUAUGGAAACUUGCGAUUUAAGAAAUUUUCAAAUGAUUCUUGAAACAAAACCAACAUCCUGUAUGUGGUGAGGACUACAUCCAUGUUGCACUUACGUCAAUCUAUAAAGAAAUGUAUGUUGCUAAUGCAUGACAUUGACUCAUCCAUAUGUUAUUAAGCCAAUUCAAGCUUCCAUGAAGCCUAAUAGGUAGGCUUCAUAUUAAAAUUGUGGUAAGGUUUCAA